AUGGUGAAGAAACGUUCACGUAAGAAGUUAUUAGAUCAAAUAAAUAAAACUCGUGAAGAAAUAGAAAAAAAAAAAGAAGACUCGACAAGUUUAAAAAAUUUAAUUUUAAAACAUAAUCUUUACUCAGAUUACCUGAAGAAAAAAACAAUUAUAGCCAACAAUGUUAUAUUGUUGAAAAAUAAAUUUAAAAUAGUUAAUAAACUCCAGAGUAUUUUAUCCUGCGAAGGGACAAUGUUGCCGGUUAAUCUCAACGAGUGGUUGACAAUGUUAGAGAGGUUGGAAAAAAUGUCCGAGGAGCUGGAAAAUGAGUAUGUUAAAUCACGAGCGACUGUCAGUGAAGAUAAUUGUCAGUUAGGUGAUAUCGUGUCUAGGAUUGAUUUUCCAGAAGAUGAUCUUGCUGUGCUGCUGCAGGAUGCUUUUGAUAAGCUGGGUGAGAGUAUGAGCCAUCAGAAUAAAAUUAAGCAGUACGCCAGGUUGCCUUUGUCCCAGCAGCAGCAGGAGCUGGAGCAAUCUUUACUGGAGUUGGAAGGAAUGAAAUGUGCUGGAAAUUUUGAGGAUGAUAAUAAUAAUGAUUAUAAUUGGCGAGGAAAUAAAAGUAAAAUUGAGAAGGUCAGUGGAAGAAAAUUUGAUUACUAUGAUGUACUUUUUGCUGAUCGUGGUAAAAAUUCUGGAAAAAAUUCUGGGAAUAAUUCUGGGCUUGAUGAUUCUGGAAUUGGAUUGGAGCAAAAAAUCGAUUGGUUUAAUGAUUCCAUCGACGAAGAGCAGUUUGAAAGACUGAAGAAGAAAUAA